GAUUAAUAAUUAGAUUAGUAUUAGAAUUUUUAUCUUUAUGUCUCUAUAUAUAUCUUUUGAUAGAUUCAUCCAUUAGUAAAAUUUAUUUCAAAGGAGAAGAGAGAGAUCAGCGAGAGAAAGAGAUUUUUGGUGGCACCUUCUUCCUCAUCGAUCAUAAACAUAAGGAUAUGGAUCCAGGUUGUAGCUUUAUUACGCAAAGCUUUCGGUUGCUUGGUGAUUGUCUAACUCGUGGAGCUAUACCUAGUGACGUUGUAGAAAAAGAAGAUUAUUGUGAUGAUUAUGAUUAUUGGAGUAAUCUUCCCGCUGAUAUUCUUGAGCUUAUCGUGGGGAAGUUUAGUUAUCUCCGUGACUAUUACAGAUUCAUUGCUGUCUGCAGAUCAUGGAGGGAUUCACUUAGUCAUUUCAAGAAGCCCUGUCUUCCCCUCACCGAAUAUCCGUUCCUUCUUCUUGCGGAAGAUGUUGCUCCAGGAGCUAUGCUUGAAUAUGACCCUAGUCAAGAUUAUAGUGAAGUAGAAGAUAAUAACGAUGAGGAAGAUGAUAGUGGUGAUGAUGGAGGCGACAAUGAUGUUAGUGGUGGUGAUGAAGAAGAAGAAGAUAGCAGUGAUGAUGAUGAUGGCAGUGGUGAUGGUGAUGAUAAUCAUGAAGAAGACAAUAAUGGUGAAAAUGAAGACAAUGACAAAGUAGAUGAUACUGAGGAAUAUGAAUAUGAUCAUAAUAAAAUUUCAGUCGGUAGUAGUCGUGGUUUCUACAGUCUUUUGACGGGAAAAAUAUACUAUAUUGAUUUGCCGGAAGCUGCUGGAAGACUAAUAGUGGGGACCAAUAAAGGGUGGCUAGUAACUCUAGGCAGGGAUCUGCAAAUAAACCUUUUGCAUCCUCUCUUAAACUACCAAAUCUCGCUUCCACCCAUGCUUACCUUUCCUCUGCAAAUGCCCUACGAUGAAGACUACGGGCCUGAAAAUUACUCCGACAUGUUUCUUUCAAAAGUUGUUGUAUAUUCCAGUGUACUCAACAUAAAUUCAGCUUUCGGAUUAUAUCCUCGUCAUGCUUGCCCUUCACCAUAUGUAAUGGCUAUAUAUGGGGACUAUUAUAAGUUAGGGUUUGCUAGAUUGGGAGACAAAGUUUGGACAGAUGUGUGCGUUCCAGCGUUCAACUUCAGUGAUAUUGUUUACCACAAAGGAAAUGUUUAUGCGGUAAACUGCCAUGGGAAUAUAUUUGUGUGUGGUUGUGAUGGUGAUGAAGAGGGAGGACAUAUCAGAGGAAGAGAAAUUGCAUGGCUUGAAAGUAAAGAUUGGGAAAAGAAGUACUUAGUUGAACCAACAUCAGGAUCUGGUCUUCUGCUACUUGUGCGCUACCGUAAGGAAUUGCGGCUCAAGUACCGCACUACUCAUUUCUCCGUGUGGAGGUUGGAUUUGAAAUAUUCUGAUUCUCUUAAGGAUAUUUCAUGUUCUUUGAAACAAGAGAAAGAAUUGGGAAACGAGUCAAUAUUUGUUGGCAAUUCUUCAUCCACAGCUGUAUCAUCGUCAGAAAUUAUAAAGCCAAACUGUAUCUAUUUUACGGACGACAACAAGGAACCCUACUACCAUGAAGGAGGCGGGCAUGAUAUGGGGAUUUUCAGCAUGGAGCAUCACACAAUUGAACCUCAUUUUCAAGGAAAAUCAUACCAUCCUGUCUCCCCUCCUCUUUGGUUGUGCCUAUCAGAACCUUUAACAGUCAGUGUUCAUCAGACCUCCAAGGUCAGGUAGCUGCAGCCACAAAAGCUGGUUUUAAUGAGAUCGGUGAAAUCGUGAACAAAUAUAUACACAUCUGCAAUAGAUGUUCAUCUGGUCCGGCAAAUUGGUGCUCCAGUUGAAAUGAUGUGUUGAUACUGAGAUGAUUGCCAAGUGGCAAGUACAAGGAUGAAUUUGCCGAGUUGCUGACAUUCAGGGCUGUAUUCAAUGGGGAUUUUGAAGGUUAUUUUUUUCAUUUAUGAAAUCUGAGGGUAUUCAAUUCGGAUUUUGCAGAAUUGUGUGGCGCCUGCGGAGAAGCUUCACGCGCUUAUUGUGGCGGAGGCUGUUGUGGGUAUAGUUGGUAAGGAAUGUUCUUUUGGUCCAAUGAAUUUGCCUGGUGUGGAAGAGGCUGUUGUGCCGGGGGAUAGAUGUGUGUUGCUUGUUUUGGAGUCGUCUAGGAUUGAGAUUGCUGUUCUUCUUAAUGACUUGGCUUAUUUGAAGUUUGAAGCUUCAGAGAGUUCUUUGGCUGACAAUAAUGUUGUUUCGAAGGAAAGGAAUCUUUGUGUCGCGCUUUCAUUGGUGGAAAUUAUUGUGAAAAUGAUUGCAGGUGUUGCUGAAGAUGAAGGUGGUGUUAUUAACGAAAGUACUUUUAUUAAAAUUAUAAAUGGGCUUAAUGAGACGACUGGGGUCAUCCUUGAGUAUAUACAAGAUGCGAAGGUUCAUGGACAAAAAAAGGAGAUGAUCUCCUUGCUUCAGUACAGCUUCUUGGGAGUUAUCUUGCAGAAACCCCUGAUGCAUGCAAGGAUAAGGUAACAUCACUUUUGGAUUUUAUGCUUUCGAUUGAAGGGGAAGAUAAGCAAAGUCCUUUCCAGUCUAUCUGUUUUUUGCUUCCUAUGUUGUGUCAGAUAACAAUGGAAGUUGAUGGAUGUCGUGUUGUACCUUUUUCCGGAGCGCAAAAAGCUGUUGUAAGUUGCCUCAUUAAGCUGAUUAGUCUUAAUGGUGAGAAAGCAAAGGAUGGUAGUUUGGUAUAUCUGGCAUAUGAUACACUUAUGAACGUUCUGUUAAAGAAAGAAGAAGUCCCUAUUUCCUUUGAUGGCGCUGACGUAGUUGAGCUCUUGGCAACUUUGGUUUACUGGUCGGAGAAUAGCAGUCACCACUCUGUUGUUAUGAUGGCCGCAACUAUCUCUUCAUUAAUUCUAGACUUCACAUUGGAGGAUGCUCUUCGACAACAUCCAGGCUUUGAUGAUGGCAAGUUGGCUGGUCUCUGUCAACUCUUGAAGAGAAGUAUGACUGCUAGUAGUGAGGAUGUGUUCUAUGAGGAAGCUGAAGCGGAUCUCUAUGAGAUUGUCAUUUCAGGAUAUUCGCGCUGGUCUAAGAGUUUUCCUCGCAUCAAGGCAGCAAUUGGAAAAUAAAUCUAAAAAAAACCUUCAGUUGUCCCAGUUCUUAUCCAGGAGGAGUCUUGGAUUAAAUAUAUGAUGAGACACUUGAUAGGAAGCAACCGAGUCUGGUGUAGACUUGAUAAUAGGAGUUUGUUGUUUAGCAUAAUACAGUAGCUUUUAGCAAAGGCAUGAUGUAAUCCUUAGUAAUAUUGGCUGCUAUAUAUUUAAAGUUGAGUUUUUUGGAAUA